AUACACACGCACGCACACGCAUACACACACACAUACAUACUCGCGAUAUAUAUACGUGGCAGUGGCCUGUCUUGUCAAUAAUCAGUGUUUUCUUGUACGUGUCGGAAGAUAAUCUAAUAUGUGUGGUAUUUUUGCCUACCUCAACUAUUUGACUCCUGUCACUCGUAAACAGAUUUUGAAUACCCUAAUAACAGGUUUGAAGCGUCUUGAAUAUAGAGGGUAUGAUUCAGCAGGUAUUGCUUAUGAAGUUGAAGGAACUGAAUCAGAAAAGCGGGCUAUUCAUAUCAUUAAGAAACCUGGAAAAGUUGCAGCUCUUGAGGAGGAGAUAAAUUCCACACCUGUAGAUUUUGAUGUAGUGUCUACCUGUCAUAUUGGUAUUUCUCAUACACGUUGGGCAACACAUGGCGAGCCAAAUUCCACAAACAGCCAUCCUCAGAGAUCUGGGCUGAAUAAUGAAUUCAUUUGUGUCCAUAAUGGAAUUAUCACAAACUACAAAGAUUUAAAAUCCUUUUUGGAAACUAAAGGUUUUCAUUUUGAAUCUGAAACUGAUACUGAAACCAUUGCUAAGCUUGUCAAACAUCUCUAUGACAAACACAAGGAAGACAAGCUUACAUUUAGGGAAUUGAUUGAAAUGACUUGUCAACAACUCGAAGGAGCAUAUGCUUUGGCUUUUAUGAGUACAAACUAUCCAGGAGAAUGUGUCGUAACACGACGUGGAAGUCCUUUGCUGAUAGGAAUCAAAAGUAACUCUAAGUUAACAACAGACAAUAUUCCUGUUUUGUAUAGCAAAGGAAGUGCUAAAGACUCAGAUUCUCCAGACCACAGAGGUUAUGUACAACCAGUCCAAAGACCUACUGAUGGUACGACUGAAUUUCACCCUUCUGGACCAAAUACUGAAGUUGAAUAUUUUUUUGCUUCUGAUGCCAGUGCCAUAAUUGAACACACCAACAAAGUGAUCUUCCUUGAGGAUGAUGAUGUAGCUGCAGUUGCUAAUGGUUGUUUAAGUAUUCAUCGUAUCAAGCGCAACUUGGAUGACAACAAGGUCCGGGAAGUGAUAACUUUGAAGAUGGAAAUUCAAGAAAUCAUGAAAGGUAAUUUCUCCUCUUUCAUGCAAAAGGAAAUCUUUGAACAACCAGAAUCUGUAGUCAACACAAUGAGAGGAAGACUUAAUUUUGAAACCAAUCAAGUAAUACUUGGCGGUAUCCAAGAUUUCAUGACAGAGAUACGACGUUGCCGCCGUCUCCUAUUCAUUGCAUGUGGAACAAGUUACCAUAGUGCCUUAGCAACACGUCAGCUUUUGGAAGAACUUACUGAACAACCAGUUAUGGUAGAAUUAGCCAGUGAUUUUCUAGACAGAAGCACACCGAUCUUCAGAGAUGAUGUCUGUUUUUUCAUUAGCCAAUCAGGUGAAACUGCUGAUACACUAAUGGCUCUACGUUACUGCAAAAAGAGAGGUUCCUUAAUUGUCGGUAUCACUAACACUGUUGGAAGUAGUAUUUGCAGAGAAUCUAAUUGUGGUGUUCACAUAAAUGCUGGCCCUGAAAUUGGUGUAGCAAGUACUAAGGCUUACACCAGCCAAUUUAUUGCAUUAGUUAUGUUUGGUUUGAUGAUGUGUGAAGACCGGAUUUCAAUGCAAGAACGAAGAAAAGAAAUUAUUCAAGGACUCAAACAACUUCCUGCGGAUAUAAAAGCAGUACUUAAAUUAAAUGAUGAAAUCCAUUCAUUAGCCCAAGAACUCUACCAGCAGAAAUCUCUUCUUGUCAUGGGACGCGGUUACAAUUUCUCUACUUGUUUGGAAGGAGCUUUGAAAAUUAAAGAAUUGACUUAUAUGCAUUCUGAAGGUAUAAUGGCUGGUGAACUGAAACAUGGUCCUUUGGCACUUGUUGAUAAAGCAAUGCCUGUCAUGAUGAUUGUAACUAGAGAUAAAGUCUAUUCCAAAUGCAUGAACGCUCUACAGCAAGUAAAGGCACGACAUGGUGAUUUGAUUGUUAUUUGCAACAGUGGUGACACAGAAACCCAAAGUCAUGUGAAGAGGUUCAUUGCUGUACCACAUACAAUCGACUGCUUACAAGGAAUUCUUACUAUAAUUCCUUUACAGCUUCUUUCCUUACAUAUCGCUGAAAAACGUAACUGUGAUGUUGACUGCCCCCGGAACCUAGCAAAGAGUGUUACAGUGGAGUAAAUGAUGCCUCAGAGACCAAUACUGACCAACCACGACACUUACUGAAGAGCUACACACACUAAAGGCUUUAACAGAAAUAAGCUUUUUUCUUUUUUUAUCUUGUUAAAGGAACUCCUCCAACCUAACGUCUAGUAAUUCUUGUUUGGCUUACUGCCCCAUAUAUAUAUAUAUAUGUAUUUCAGAUAUGGACAUAUUAUUUUUUGCUAUGAGUUUACAUCUAACCAGUUCUCAAAUUUGGUAAUUCAUUAAACCUUGGAAUUUAUAUUGUUUUUUUUUUUUUCUGUCGUUUAGAAGAAAAGGGAAGGAUAGGAAUUUAUUAUCAUCAGUGUAGCUUUUGGAUACAGAGCUUGAUUUCUUUGGCUGUUAUGUGGCUCACCGUUCUGUUGUGCAGAUGUUUUCAUACAAUAGUAAAGUGGGAAAAUUCUUUAACACUUUACUUGAUUUCAGAUGUCAAAUGAAUAAACUCGUUUUUCUGUUUCCAAACUUAUGAAAAUUCACUUGGAGAUUGGACGUUAAACGCUGAUGAGAAGCUCUUAUAACGUUGGUCUUUAUUUUUUUACCAGGUGAGAGUGUACAUGGUUGCUUGAUAGCAGCCAAAUCUCUGUUGUGUCACCAAUGCAAUGACGUGAAACACAUUUUGACAGAUAAACAUGAGACAUGUAACCUUGUGUGUGGUCGCUUGACUUGCUAGAAAUAGCAGUUAAAUCUCCUUCAAAUCCCACUACUGUCUUAAAGAAAGGACACAUUAGAUAAUGUAGUCCUACAUGCUCUGUUUCAAUAAAACAUAGGUCACAACUAGAAUGCCUUUUACCCACUGGCCUCCUUGACAAAGGUUGACUUGGGAUGACUAAACAACUGUCAAAGUCAAAAUAUAUGGAAAUGGUACAUACUGUUGCUCAUGGUAUCCUAUCAUGGGUUUUGUAUUUUUUUUUUAUUCAUUCCUUUAUUACUUACCCACAAGCAUAAAAAUUGACUAAAUUAAAAG